AUGAUCUACGUCGACGGUGUCCACGAACAGCUUCUAGAUUCCGAUGGCGAGCCGAUCGAAGACGAGGAUCAAUCUUCAAUGAUGUACGAAGACGCAUUGGGUUACCAGUUGGCUCCAGAUGGAUUUCCACGGUACUACUUGAAAAAACCGCCAGGUGAUCCACAGCUGUAUGCGUUCCCAAUUCCGCCAGAUGUCAUUUUGGAUGAAGUUCGUUUGUUAUUGGAACCAAAAUGGAAGAAGAGAUUGAGACACGUCAUUAUGGUCUUCUGUUGGCUGAUCAUGCGUCUCGUCGACUUGUUGAUUGCCCGUUGGUUUGUCAAUUGGGUUCCACGACUCCAUCGUAUGUUCCUAUUCGGAAAUGCUGCGAUUAGCUGGAAAAUCGGGUCGAAAUGUCUCAUCAAAAAACCACCCCGUCCGUGGAUGCUUCGUUUUACAACGUACACCAUCAAUUUGAUCUACUACCCACUGAUCAUCACAUCCUUCCUGGAAAUCUUCUUCCUGUUCGACGACCGUAUCGAUGGUCUAAUGUUCCACAGUAAUUAUACCCAGCAAGUUUACAAGAACAUUCGUCAAAACACGUGGCAAAUUGUGUACAACGAUUCGAUGUACUUCUCCAAUCCAUUCAAGAUUGAGUGUUAG